AUGGCUGCAUCCGAGCUCAAAACCAGAGAUGAAUGUCUGACUGUGAUGUCAAACAAAUCCUUGCACAUGACCACAGACCACUGUCCACUAGAAUGGGAUCAGUACACAGAAAUGUGCUGGGGCCCCACACCGGCUGGAGAAUCUGCCAUACUUCCAUGCCCAGACGAUGGAUUCCUCAACCCAAAACAGUUCGCUACCAGGAUAUGUCUCCCUGACAGUUCUUGGUACAUUAAUUACACUUUUGAUGACAAACCCUACACCAAUUUCCAGAACUGUUUCCUCCCAGAAGACCCUACUGCAGAAGACGAUCUGAAGAAGCUCAUAGAUACUAAAAUCAUAUUUGUAUUGAAGACCCUUGAUGAGUAUAAGAGAGCACAUCUGGCCAUUUAUGCUGUCUCCAUUAUUCUGCUGAUUGCUUCAGUCUUCGCUAGUAUUAGUGGCAUUGUGAAAUUAAAUGCGAAAAAGCAUCCUUCAAUGACAUAUUUAGCAUUGACGAUAGCGGCUGCUGCCCUGUUGAUACACAAUGUCACUACUCUGUCUUUGAAUGGCGUUGACGACGCUACUAAGUUGUUCAAAUGCCGAUUUGCAAAGUUUAUUUCGUUGAUUUGCACUUUAGUCUUUCAUGAAAGCAUCUUUGUGUACAUUUUUUUGUGCAUUGCGUCUAUUUUACACAUUCCUAUUCGACUAUUGGUCAUACAGAUUACUGCAGCUGCAACAGUUUUUCUCACAGUGUUACUGGCUACUACAGAACUGCUCUUAGAGACGUUUUCUUGUUCUUAUUCCAGACACUGCGGGUUUAAGACACUCCAGUCGGCGUUCCACUGGCUGACCACAGCACCAAGGAUAUUACUGAUAAUGGUUUGUUUGUGUCUAGCUUCUGUGACCGUCUUUGGCGCUUUCUGUUUAAAGCAGCCAAACCUGAGCCAAAGGAAUGAACUGUACAAGGUUCGUCAGAGAUCGUUGAGCGCGCUUGUUUUAGUCGUAUAUAGUGUCGCUCAAGAAGUCAUGCUGGUUCUAAUCCACACAGAAGCCUACAUGAACUACUCUGAUUUACCAGUGGAGGAAUAUGUAAGUGUCUUUUCCUUAGCGACUUCUGCCCAGGGCAUCAUCUUCUCUGUUAUCAUGUGUGUGUUGGACAUUGGGUUACUCACAAUGUUAGGACUCUCAAUUAUCCAUUGCCCAGGUCAUGAUACAACCAGCGAACAAGAGCUCAAUGCAUUUCCAAAACACACAGCGUUGCCACUCCACGUGCGACAUGGCAAGAGUGCUAUAAGCGACCAAGUUUGA